UUCGGAUCAGUGUUCAGUUUCGCCCGCAAAUUUUAUAAUACGUCGUCCCUCCCCCCUCCCUCCUAUCAUGAGGAUAACAGUGACCAUCUUGUUUCUCCUUGGGAUUACGAUCCUCCACGAUGCUCGGGGUGAACCGAUCGGCAAAACCGAGGAGGAGAGUGACGAGGCGUUGCUCGACUGCGCGUUACAGGAGAACGCGUUGGGAUGUUUGGGCGCGAGGCUGGCAAGAAGCAUGGAUCGAAUCGAGAUGCAAGUGACGGGGAAGAAGAGCGAGACACCGAUGAGCGUGGUGAUAGAGCAGGCUGGUAAUUUCGUGGCCGAACUUGUCGACGACAUUCAAAAUCCCGGAAGAGCGGAUCAGGUGGACGAAACUUCACAACUUGGUGAACACGAGGAAGGACGUGGGAGGAGAAAGAAGAAGAAGAAGCAACUGCAAAAGCUGCUCGGUUUGGCGAUGUUGUUCAAAGCCAAGCUCAGCCUUCUCCUUCAACUGAUCUCGACUCACUUCCAGCUCAAAUUCUUCUUCAUCGCUAUCGCUACCCUCGUCAUCAACGCCACCAAAUUCUGGUUAGAUCUGAAGAACGCUAAACCGUCCAAGGUGAUAUAUUACGAGCACGCUCAACACCAGCAUCAUUACGAUCACGACGAUCACGAUCACAAUUAUUGGGGACGAUCCUCCUCCAACGAUUCUCCUCAAGAUUUGCCUUAUUCCGCCUACGCCCCGAAAAAUUGAUGGAGGAUCGAAAUUCUCAAUCUUUCGAUCGAGAUUACGCGAAAUGAUGAGCAGCGAAAAAAUAAGGAAAAAAUCCUCGCUGCCAUUAU